UUUUUCUCUGUACAGAUGCUGAGAAGCAGUGUUGAACUUGGCCGCCUUCCUGGGUUCACCAAGAAUCUCUCUCCAGACAAAAUCAACCUGAGCACGCUGAAAGGGCAGGGACAGCUGACCAACAUAGAGCUGGAUGAAGAGGUGCUGCAGAAUGUGCUGGAGCUGCCCACCUGGCUCGCCAUCACUCGGGUCUACUGUAACAAGGCAUCGAUCAAGAUCCAGUGGACAAAGCUGAAAACACACCCAAUCUGCCUGUACCUGGAUAAAGUGGAGGUAGAGAUGCGAACAUGUGAAGAGCCUCGGCCACCCAACGGACAGUCUCCCAUUGCUCUUGCUGCAGGUCAAAGUGAAUAUGGCUUUGCUGAAAAGGUCGUGGAGGGGAUGUUUUUUGUUGUCAAUUCCAUCACCAUCAAGAUUCACUCCAAGGCCUUUCAUGCUUCUUUUGAGCUAUGGCAGCUCCAAGGCUACAGUGUCAACCCAAACUGGCAACAGAGUGACUUGCGACUCACCCGCAUUACUGAUCCACAGAGAGGAGAGGUUUUGACAUUCAAAGAGCUCACCUGGCAGACACUUCGGAUAGAAGCAGAUGCCACUGACAAUGGUGAUCAGGAUCCUGUUACUACUCCUCUGAGACUCAUUACCAACCAAGGGAGAAUCCAGAUCUCCCUCAAGAGAAGGACCAAAGAUUGCAACGUGAUGGCAUCUAAGCUGAUGUUUCUCCUUGAUGAUCUGCUCUGGGUGCUGACAGACUCUCAGCUGAAAGCAAUGAUGAAAUAUGCAGAGUCUCUGAGUGAAGCCAUGGAGAAGUCUGCCCAGCAGAGGAAAAGCUUGGCACCAGAGUCUGUACAGAUCACACCACCUGCUCCAAGUACCCAGCAGUCCUGGUCUCAGCCGUUUGGAGUCAGCCCAAAUGCAAGUAGCAUUGGUCAAUACUUUGAUAAGCAUGACAUGAAAGAGUCAUCAUACCACCUCCUCAUCUCACGCUUGGAUCUGCAUAUCUGCGAUGACAGCCACACUCGAGAGUCAGGUGCUUCGAAGCAUGGGAUGCUGGGAGGUGCCAUGCAGCUGACCUUCAGGAGGAUGGCUUUUGACUACUAUCCUUUCCACAGGGCAGGAGAUGCCUGCAAGCAUUGGGUGAGGUACAGUGAAGCAAUGGAAGCACGAGGUCAGUGGGCAAAGAAAUUGGUCAGUGAAUUUCAAAGCAAGAUGGAGAAGCAUUAUGAAGAAAAGGACCCUCCACUUGCCAGAACUCCACCUUCCCCCUUCAAAAAGAAACCAGAUAUUUUGUUGAGUCCUCAUAAAAGUUCCUUACAGAAAGGCCGUGUCCCUCCCACAAGUUUGCCACGACUCAGGCACCCUCCCUGGAACCGGCUUCGAUCCAGCUGUGUGGUAGUUCGAGUGGAUGACUUGGAUGUUCACCAGGUUUCUACAGCUGGUCAACAAAGUAAGAAACCCUCCACCUUGCUUUCAUGUAGUAGAAAAUUCUUCAAACUUCCUGAUCAGGUCUCUGCAAUCCAUAUUGAAUUCACAGAGUAUUACUUCCCAGACAAUCAGGACUUUCCAGUUCCAUGCCCCAACCUGUAUGUACAGCUGAACGGCCUGACGCUUACCCUGGAUACAGCAAGUGUGCUCUGGAUAAACCUCUUCUGUCUGGAUCUUUAUCGCAGCUUAGAACAGUUCAAAGCCAUCUACAAGCUGGAGGACUCAGGCAAACAUGAUGAGCAUGUUGAUGUUCGACUGGAUGGCUUCCGGCUGAAGCUUAACAUCCCUGUGGAGAAGAAAGUCACUGACCAUCAGGAUCGUCCCCAGACACUCUGCAUUUGCAUGUCGGAGAUGACUGCCACCAACACUCGCCACGCUCCCUUUUGCAGCUGUCAGGAUCUCCAGAGCCUCUUCCGUAAAUUUGCCAGUUCAGAAUUCUUCCACUCCAGCUACACUAAGUUCCCAAAGUCUCAGGACAAUUUCAGCCUCCUCCACACCCUUUUCUUGCGCCAUGCGUAUGAGGUGGAUGGUGGCCCUGAGAAGCAGCCAGGCUCUCCCCAGCUACUACACAAAACCUCUGCCUCUGAAGAUCUGUGGUCUAUGAAUUUCACUGAGCUUUCCCUGGACUUCGAGGGAGCUGAAAGCUCAAAGGGCAGAGCCCUUAGUUUUGUUGACCCUUUUCCCCUUUCCAUUUGGGCCUGCCUUCCCAAGAGAUGGAGACAAGCUCAGAUAUCUAAACGACAGGAGUUGGCUGCCUCCGAGUUGAAAAUCAAGCCUUCUGCCAGCUUUAGCAAUCACUCCAAGAAUAAGAACCUUUCCACAGAACAUGGGGUUUGUCAAAGAUCAAAGACUGACCAGGAUCUGAAGAACAUCUACAAGGUCCCAGAGACAAUGAAUGUCUUGAGAGAAUCUGGCUCUGAAAUUGAUGAUGGAGUAGAUAAUAAAGAGCUGGAAGCCUCUGCUGAUAUCCAUAUGCUGAUGUCCUCAUCUGUUCAUAUCAAAGUUCGCCUCAACCACUACCAAUACUUGGUGCUGCUCAGGAUGAGAGAAGUUCUGCAAACACUACAGGAGCAGUUGGCCCAAGAUACCCAGGAAGUGACUGGGUCUCCUUUAGAUCUCAUGUCUGCUUGUGUAGGAGUUAUGUUCCAUAGUGCUGAAGUGGCCCUACUCAUGAACCCUGCACCAGGGUCUGUCUUGGAACCCAGAUCUCUUGACUCAGACACAACAAGCCUGAUUGAGUCUGAGCUCUCACCAUCAGACAGCAAGGAGGGGCUGGUGGCUGAAGAGAAGGAGCUGAAAUCAGAGACCAGUUCAGAGAAGGGAGUGUGCAGUACCUCAGAGGUCCCAGAGGACAGCGGGAUUGAAAAUACAGGUACCAGUGUAGCCAGUGUACCACUGGAGAGACUCCCGAAAUCCCCAAGUGAUGGAGCUCUGAGUACAGUAGAGGAGAAAGGUUUGAUAGAGGAAGCACAUGAAGCUGUGGAAGCCCUGGUUGCAGAAAGAUCAGCAGAGACCAGCAGCCAUCCUCAGAGCCCUCCAGCUCUCCCUUCUAGCCCAACCUCAGACACGCAGCCCUCGGGGAGAGGAAACAUCGCUCUCAAUGGCCAGACAGAACUCAUCCCUUUGAAGAACAUCGAGGUGGAGUUGUCUAGUGCGCUGCAUAUCACCAAGGAUGCCACGAAGGAAGCUCUGCACGUGACUAUGGACCUGACUAAAGAAGCCAUGUCUAUAACAAAAGAUGCUCUGAGCCUGAGCCGGGAGAAGAUGACCUCCACCAUGCAGAAAAUGCUCUCUCUCCCUCCAGCCAAGGAGUCUGUGCCCAAAGCAGAAGAGGGAGCAGUGACUCCGGGCGGGAGUGGCAGCAGCCGCAUGCGUUUCCUCUCCAUGAAGAGGACAGCAUCCCAGCAUUCCUUUGACACCACAUCUGUGGAUUGGAGUGGCCCUGAGGAUGGGCUGUCUGUGGACAGCGAUGGCAGUGAUGGCUUUGUGAUGCUCACAGACUCUGAACCCAGCCUGGACCCUCUUCCCUCAGGGCACCUUCCUCAGAUCCACGACACAGGCAGUAGAACAAGCCUGAUGGCAGAGGACGAGGGUGGAGUGUCUCCUGAAAUAAACAGCUCGACUUCACAGAGUGAAGACCCCAGCCUUCAGCUGGUGUCUGUCCUGAUGUUGAAGCUGAAUGAGAUGAACUGUGGAAUAGAGGCAAGAGGUAAUGAUUUGUCUGUUGCUUUACAAGUAACAAACGUGGUUCCAGAGCAACUGAACAAUGUUGGAAUGUGGCAGUACCUGCGUGGCUAUCUGGCUCUAGGAGAUCCAGGUAUAGAGAAGCCUCCAGUCCCUGAAGGUAGUAAGACCCAGCCAGAAGUGUGCUUACGUCUUGAACUGGGACCUAGUGCUGCUGUGCAUUCACCACUUGCUGUUCAGAACGGCUUCCUUCACAUGCUGGUCCACAGUUACACAGCAGACCUCUUCAUGUCCUCCCUUACCAACCUUGGCCCCUUUCUUGAAGAUGAAAUAAUUCCAGAGGUGAUUCCCAUGGAGAUAGAAGUUGUAGAUGCCAAAAUCACAUUAAAGGAUGACACCCCCCGGGUAUACCCUACCUCCCCUGGCCCUGUUCCCAUCACCUUGGCAGUAGAUCACGUCAUUGUGAAGCGCAGAGAUGAUGGAGUGUUCUAUCUGACAGCUCCACAAGGGAAGGGCUCACCGAAACAGGAAAAACCUGUGUCAGUCCUUCAGGAGCAGAAGGCUCCAGUGGAGUGUGUCUUGGCAGCCCCAGCAGCAGGAACACGAGAACUGCAGUUAAAGGAGGUGUCAGAGUUGCAGAGGGAGCUUCAGACCAUGAAAAUAGCCCUUGCAGAAGCCAACAUGGACAAGACUCGCCUUCUGCAGGAAAUUAGGAAAUACAAUCCCCUCUUCCAGCUUUGA